AUGAGGGGGACCGAGAGGACUGGCCAGGCCCUGCCGUGCGCGCUGCCCGUCCUGCUGUUGGCGCUGGCAGUGCGCGGUGCGGCGACCGAUGCGCCCACCUUCCCGUGGCGGGAUGCGGAGACGCGCGAGUGGCUGGCGUGCGGGCAGUGUCCGCCGGGCACCUUCGUGCAGAGGCCCUGCAGCCGGGGGAGCCCCACGGCGUGCGGCGUGUGCCCGCCGCGCCACUAUACGGAGUUCUGGAACUACCUGGAGCGCUGCCGCUACUGCAACGUGAUCUGUGGGGAGCGCGAGGAGGAGGCGCGGCCGUGCAACGCCACGCACAACCGAGCCUGCCGCUGCCAGCCCGGCUUCUUCGCGCACGCUGGCUUCUGCCUGGAGCACGCACAGUGCCUGCCCGGCGCCGGCGUGGUCGUUCCCGGCACCCCCAGCCAGAACACGCAGUGCCAGCCCUGUCCCCUAGGCACCUUCUCGGCCAGCAGCUCGAGCUCAGAGCGCUGCCAGCCCCACCGCAACUGCACGGCCCUGGGCCUGACCCUCAACGUGGCCGGCUCCUCCUUCCAUGACGCCCUGUGCACCAGCUGCCUCAACUUCUCGCUCAGCACCGUGGAGCCAGGGUACGAGGAGUGUGAGCGCGCCCUCCUGGAUUUUGUGGCAUUCCAGGAUAUCUCCCUUAAGAGGCUUCUGCGGCUACAGCAGGCCCUGGUGGGCCCAGGAGGACGGAGGCGGCCGCCGCCGCGGGAAGAGGGUCGCGCCGCCUUGCAGCUGAAACUGCGGCGGCAGCUGGCGGAGUUGGGCGCGCGUGACAGGGCGCUGGGGGCGCGGCUACUGCUGGCGUUGCGGGACGCCAGGCUGGCCGGGCUGGAGCGCAGCGUCCGCGCCCGCUUCUUUCCCACGCGCUGA